ACGUUUCAUCUUAUAAUUUUGAUAGCCAUAACGACCAUAUCGGCCAUGCACGCAAGUCACGUGUCAGACAGGAUGGAAUCCCAAAAUCCACGUGACUUCAUGCCAACAGGAAUAUUCUGGCACACGUGACCACUACUGGUCAGUACCGGUAUAAGUCACGUGACCGGCCGCCGCUCGGCCCGCAGCCGAAUCACUCUGGUAUGGGACGUCACAGCCGGGCCGCGUGACGUCACCGGAGAGAGUGUACUUAAGCGUGCGAGGCGGCACAGCGCAAACUGUUGGGUGUCCGAUCCAGAGGAGGGAACGGGUAGGACGGACCCUCCCGAGAGAGUUCACAGGCCCGAUGAGCGCACUUCGCUCUACGUCUGAACUCUGAGAGCGACUCUUAGAGGAUGCAGACAGCUGAUAAACUUCAGAGAAACAUCUGAGGAGCGUCGGAGGGAGAAGCUUCUGAGGACAUCUCAGAAGAAGCAAGAAGUAGCUGUUCGAGCUGGAGUCGAGUGGAGUGAAAGUCAGCUUCACGUCUCAUCAGCUAACCAAGAUGCCGCCCAACAUCCACGCCGCCGCGGAGGUGGUCGAUGAACAUACUCACGUGCCGGAGCCGGUGCACGAGCCGGUCGUCAUCUCGGACAUCAACGCCAACAAGGUGCUGGCCACGUCUGUGUCUCCGGUCACCGAAGCUGAAAAGCCUGCAGCAACAUCAACUCCAGUGCCGAGGAUCCUGGUUCCCCGCAGCAUGCUGCUUCUCACUGUUCUUCACGUGAUGGCUGCGCUCGGCUGGUGGCAUGUCUUCACCGACUGCGACCGGCGCACCUUCUACCACGCCUGGCUCUGGGGGAUCGCCAGCGGUCUGGGCGUGACUGCCGGCGCUCACCGUCUCUGGGCUCACCGCGCCUACAGCGCCAGCCUUCCGCUCCGCGUCGUGCUCAUGAUCAUGUUCACCAUCAGCGGACAAAACGACAUCUACGAGUGGGUGCGCGAUCAUCGGCUGCACCACCGCCACUCGGAGACCGACGCUGACCCGCAUAACGCCACCCGAGGAUUCUUCUUCGCGCACUGCGGCUGGCUGAUGGUACGCAAACACCCGGAGGUUCGUAGGCAGGGAGCCAAAGUGGACCUGUCCGACCUGCUGGCCGAUCCGGUGGUGGCGUUUCAGCGCAGCUGGUUCGUCCCGAUGGUACUCAGCUGGAGCUUCAUCAUUCCGUCGCUGAUCCCGCACCUGGCCUGGGGGGAGAGUCUCAGCAUCGCGCUGCUCAUCUCCACCGCCCGCCUGGUGACGUCACUGCACUGUACGUGGCUGGUGAACAGCGCUGCGCACAUCUGGGGCAUGCACCCGUACGACGACCACAUCCACCCGGCGGAGAACCUGGGCGUGGCCAUCGCGGCGCUGGGCGAGGGAUGGCACAACUACCAUCACGUCUUCCCCUGGGACUACAGGGCGGCUGAACUGCCUGGCUACGGCGCCAAUCUCACCACUGGGUUCAUUGACCUAUGCGCGCAUUUUGGAUGGGUGUGGGGCCGUAAAACGGUGCCACGUGACAUCAUCAAAAGGCGCGCCAAACGUACCGGAGAUGGCAGUUGGGAGCCGCAUCCUGAGCUGACUGAUUCCGGUAACAUGUAGCAGAGCAUAGUGCUGCCAUCGUGUUUGGACUUGGUACCGGGAACCGGAUGUUAUAUUGUUUAUGCGGAGUGCAUGACGGUGAUUGCAGGGCUCACGGGUUAUCGCUUUGAGCGAAAGAGAGCAAGCAGCUGGACUGCUGGGGAGGUUUCCCAAAGACUUUAGGAGAAGGAAGUGUUUUUAUGAAGUGUUUGGCAUGUUUAUUGAUAUGUGGGCAUGGCGCCAUGAUGAAUUGGAAAGGCUCUUCUUCUUGCGGAUAGGCCUUUUUAGCGGCGGCAUUUUGUUGUGCCCAGUUGAGUGUGCUGUGACGUUUUCGUCAACCGGGACAGAUCAUUUUGAGGCGGAUCUCGAUGGAUGAUUUCGUUUGACAUUUGUGAAUAUGCUGUGCCAUUUGGGUGUCGCUUUCGCCGCCUUAUAUACAUUUUAGUGGUCACUGGGCCAGGAUUCACCGGUCUUAUCAAGUUGGACGUUUCCGAUAAGAAAAUAUUCUUAGACUUAUUUCUAUCAUUAAUAUCAUGAUUAUUUUAACAAUCAAAUUUUAUCGAACAAGGAAGACGGUAUAGGACCUUAAUAUUUCUUUAUAUAUCUCACGCUUUCACUGAUCAUAUGAUUUUCCAUUCAUCAACCAGGUAGGUGUCCAUUUUUUAUCAAUGCAAUUCAAUGAGGGUUAGAAUAUUCCCUUUCCGGAAUCAAUGUUUUGCUAUAGUAUAUUUCUUGUUAUGGUAAGAACAUCCGGAAGCAUGGUUGAGAAACUUCCCCAAACAAUGCAACCAGGUGGUAGACAUACGAACGAGACGCGUUAUUGUUUCGCUGUAAAUAAACAUUGCUUGUGGUCCGGGAAAAAA